CCCUCGGUGGGCUUCUAACCCCAAAACCCUACUUCCACUACUCCUCGCACCGAGCUCCUCGGCCCUGAUCAUGGCGUCGUCGUCCACGAGCGCGGCGGAGGUGGCGUCGGAGGCGUACAUGGGGGGCGCGGCGGUGGCGGAGGCGCGCGCGCUCGUGGCGGAGCUCUGCCGCCUCUUCUACACGCAGGGAUGGGUCACGGGCACGGGGGGCAGCAUCACGCUCAAGGUCCACGACCCCGCCGUGCCCAAGCCCCACCAACUCAUCGUCAUGUCCCCCUCCGGGGUUCAGAAGGAGCGGAUGGUGCCCGAGGACAUGUACUUGCUCUCUGGCGAUGGCGAGGUGCUCUCCCGGCCCGUGCCGAAGCCGUGGCCCCAUAAGCCCCCCAAGUGCACCGAUUGUGCCCCGCUCUUCAUGAAGGCUUAUCAGAUGCGAAAUGCUGGAGCUGUUAUUCAUAGCCACGGCAUGGAAUCUUGUCUUGUUACAAUGCUUCAUCCAGGCGCAAAGGAGUUCCGGAUAACUCAUAUGGAGAUGAUUAAAGGAAUACAAGGACAUGGUUAUCAUGACGAGCUGGUAGUUCCGAUAAUCGAGAAUACCCCUUAUGAGUAUGAGCUCACAGAUUCCCUUAGUGAAGCGAUUGCAGCAUAUCCAAAAGCAACUGCUGUACUUGUGCGAAACCAUGGUAUUUAUGUAUGGGGUGACACAUGGAUCAGUUGCAAGACUCAGGCUGAGUGCUAUCAUUAUCUUUUUGAUGCUGCCAUCAAGCUCUACCAAUUGGGCAUUGACUGGACGACUCCUAGUCAUGGUCCAAUCAAUGUUGAUAGACCAUUGCAGCACAAAGACCAUUUGAGUACUUCAGUGAGAGCAGCAGUCCAAAAUGGCAAUCUUGCUGCUGAAUCUUCAAAGAAAUGCAUUGUCCUUGACAUUGAAGGAACAACUACUCCAAUAUCAUUUGCCACCGACAUUCUUUUCCCCUAUGCUCGAGAUAAUGUUCGGGAACAUUUGAUUUCAACAUACGACAGCGAGGAAACUCAAGAUGAUAUUAAGCUAUUGCGCUUCCAAGUUGAGGAUGACCUAAAACAAGGGGUUGUUGGGGCUGUACCCCUUCCACCUAAUGGUGCUGGAAAAGAGGAAGUCAUUGAUUCCUUAGUUGCUAAUAUUCAAGCUAUGAUUAAAGCAGACAGAAAAGUUACAUCUCUUAAACAAUUGCAGGGCCAUAUUUGGAGAACUGGAUUUGAAAACAAAGAACUGCAAGGAAUUGUUUAUGAGGAUGUUCCUGAGGCUCUUAAGAGAUGGCAUGCCAAUGGCGUAAAGGUCUAUUUAUAUUCGAGCGGUAGUAGAGAGGCUCAGAGACUUCUGUUUGGAAACACAGCUUAUGGCGACUUGAGGAAGUACCUUUGUGGAUAUUUCGACACCACAACUGGGAACAAAAGAGAAGCACGGAGUUAUUUCGAAAUCUCACAGUCACUAGGGGUGGACAAGCCAUCUCAAAUAUUAUUUGUAACAGAUGUCUAUCAGGAAGCUGUGGCUGCAAAGGCUGCAGGUAUUGAUGUCAUAAUCUCGAUCCGCCCUGGAAAUGCACCUCUUCCCAAAGAUCAUGGUUUCGCGACCAUAACAUCUUUUGCGGAAAUCUGAGUUAGUGCAACCUGUACAAUUGCUCGGGCCCCAGGUCAAAUAAGUGCAAAUAAAAUUUGUUUAUCAUCACAAUAUGCAGUCAUGAGUCACGAAUCUACGAAAUAGUAAAUAUAUAUCUUAUGUACUAGUAAAAUGCAUCAAAACACUUUGGCUAUAUGGUAUUGUGUGCAUAUAUAUGUGGUGUUACACAUCUUGAAUAGUUAAACUCAGCUUUUGAGUACCCUGCAAUGGUUAUUUAAUGAGCGAAUUGCGCAUAUAAUUCUA